AUGCUACACUGGAAAAGGAUGAUAUUUCCAGUAAAAUUCAAGAAAAUUACUUACGUGUUCUUUAUAAGUAUAUCGAUAAUAGUAAUAUACUUCCGUUUGCACUUCAAAAACGUGGUGGACAAUGUUAUAACAGAUAUUGAAGUAAAUAAAAAUAAAAGUAACGAAGUCAAGUCGCAGAAAUGUUUGCGAGACGUGAUUAAGUACAUUCUCCUUUGGAUAAAUCCCAAAAACAGACAAGAAGAAAACGUCGAUAGAAGUUUGUACUCCUUCUCAAGGAGAAACUGCGCUUGGAACAAUUGUUAUUUGACUGUGGAACGUCAGCUAAUUAGUGAUUUCUCUCAAUACAGUGUCAUUCUUUUCAAAGGAGCCGACAUUGAAUAUAUUCAAAAUUCACUGGAUCUUCCUAAAAACCGAUAUCCGAAUCAAAAGUACGUUUUUGUAAGUGAAGAUUUGGCUGCACCAUAUACCACAUGUGGAAGACAGUGGGACGGAUUUUUCAAUUGGACAUGGACGUACAAAUUAGAUUCCGAUUUAAUUUGGAAUUCUUUUGUAAUCAGAGACGUCAACGGCACAAUUAUAGGGCCGAAGCAAAAUAUGAAUUGGAUAAAACUUAGAGAUAUGAAACCUAUAGACAGCAAAUUUAUAAUGAAUUUACGUUCUAAAACGAAAAUAGCAGCGUGGUUUACAUCCAACUGCAGGACACAGAGCCUCAGGGAGAUGUUUGUGAAUGAAUUACAAAAGUAUCUUGACGAAUAUAACCUACAAAUAGAUAUAUAUGGAAAAUGUGGUAAUCACCGAUGUCCUAAAGUGCUAAUGAAGAGAUGCUUGAAAAUGGUGGAGAGAGAAUAUUAUUUUUAUUUGGCAUUUGAAAACACUUUAAGUGAAGAUUACGUUACGAAUAUUAUUUUGCAUGCUCUGAAUCAUAACGCCGUGCCUGUUGUGUUAGGUGGAGCGAAUUAUACCAGAUUCAUGCCGGAUGGUGCAUAUUUGAACGCUUUAGAGUACGGUCCAGAGAAGCUGGCCAGGAGAAUGUUUGAGAUCAUGCAAAAUCUAUCGCUGUACCAAAAGUUUUUCAGAUGGAAACAGCACUAUUCCUACCACGCGCAUGACGAGGCUCCUGAAACGGACAACUACUGUCGUUUAUGCGCCUUAGUUAACAACAGGAAAGAAUUUAACACCUUUUCUUUAAAAAAGAACUUUACUAAUUGGUGGACGCCGAAAGGAAAGUGUUUGAAGGAUUAG